UAUAAACACACUCACCAGUUACCAGUCACCAGCAGGCAAGGCAUACAGAUUCUGUCUCGAGGUGACUGUCGUCGUCUAGGCAGCAGCAGCAGCCAGCAGCAUCGAGUCAUCGACCGACCAUGAGGAGUGCGGCGGCGAUGGGCUUCCAGGAGCACGGGCUAGCCUUCCAGGUGAUCACCGACGGCAGGGGCCACGGCGGCGGCGCAACCGCGGCGCCAUGGUGGGCUGCUGCUGCUGCUCAGGGGUUUGCCGCUAAGUUCCCGAUCAGCUCAGGCGAUUCUGACCCUCCGCAAGACCUCAAAUACCAUGAGCCUUCCGCAGCAGCCAUUGCCGCCUACCCGGAGUUGCACAAGUACCAGCAUGGCCCUUUCGAUCUGGCCCUUGGGCAGUCCACGGUGUGGAGCAACAAUGCCGGUGCCGGUCAGGGGCAGAGCUAUGGUCUGUACUCCCCAUAUGGAGCUCAAGCUAUGCACGGCAGGGUGCUCCUGCUGCCGGCGAUCGCCGCCGAGGAGCCGGUCUACGUGAACGCCAAGCAGUUCAACGGCAUCCUCCGGCGGCGCCUGGCCCGCGCCAGGGCGGCCAGGGACCUCAGGGCCUCCAGGAGCCGCAAGCCAUACCUCCACGAGUCGCGGCACCUGCACGCUCUCCGCCGCGCGCGGGGCUCCGGCGGCCGCUUCCUCAACACCAGGAGCCUCGCCGCCGGCGACCCGCCGCCCCCGUUCGCCAGCACGCCCCUGGGAGGAUCUGAGCCUGCUGAGGACAACGCGUCGAAGGCGGCAAGGCUGCACCCGGUGCAGGACCGCCAGGACGUCUUCCUCUCGUCAUUGACGAACAUGGCCGGCGACGGCGAGGCAAGGUGGGCCGGCGCGGCGCCACGGGGCUGCUGCGACCUGCUCAAGGCGUGACGGCGGCGGACGGCCAGGCGCGGAGAGCCCUCGCCGCCGCCUGGUGGCUCUAGGACGGCAACUCAUUCUUGGCUCCGGGUUAUUAUCCGGGUAUGUGGUUCAUCGGUUGUGUGCAGGGGCAGUGAGAGAUGCAGCAGCUUCUUCUGCACCAAACCAAGAUGAACUAGAUGCGAUCUUGUGUUCCAGUAAAAACUGCAAGUUCAUUUGAUGCAUGUGCAGAUGCUAACUGUUCAUGUUUGAAAGCUAUCGUACUGUUCAAUUGGAUGGAGAUUGAUGUGCACUGAUGACUGUUUGAUCCUGUUUCUUGUGUGAGGAGAUGAUGCUGGCAAAGGAUCAAACAAACACAACAUGGCAACCAGCAGCAUAUUAACCAGAGAGUAGAUGACAAAUAGUAACAUGAUGGAGCUGCAUUAUCUGAACUUUCUGAACCAGGGAAGCCUUCCCCAAUAGAUUGCCAAGCCAUCUGCUGGCAACAAAGACACAGAGAAACCAAUUCAAAAGAGCCCCCUUUAUGGUUCCUUUCCAGAAUCUUCACUAGACAAGGCAAAUGUCGAUUCAUACAUGGUGACAAGAAAACUGCAAUUCACAAACAAAGAAACAAAAGGUAUGUUGGCAUAAAUAAACAUCAAGAAGCAAUCUUUCUAACUUACCUUGAUCCACCGACAUUUCUUCAAAAGAAAUACUAUGCAGGGAAUCCAUAUUAUUCCAAAAAGGGUAAACCUAAUACCAUCUGGUAGCUAGAAACAAACAUAACAUACACAGCUCUCCUGCGAGUUCGAGAUAAAGAAACAAACAUAACAUAUGCUCUCAUAAUCCUAAACUGUAAAAUCCUGGUGGACUAUCAUAAUACAUUCAAUGAACUGAAGCAAAAUGGUGGAAUAGUUCGUUCUUCCAAUGAGUAAAUUGCUGGAACUCUACUUAAAAACUCUGUAGACCAACACUGAAGCAGGACAAUACUCGAAACAACAGCACAACUGGCUGGCAAAGCUGUGCUAGCAAAGAAACCAUCUCAGCAUUGGAGAUGAUUAUGAGGUAAGCUUAAGAAAACUCUAAAAAUGAAUGCUUUAUCUGAGCAUACCAUAAAUCACAAUCUUGGACGAAACUGUAAACUAGAUUAUUCCAUCAAACAGAACCAAUAUCACAACCAAAUAUGGUAUUUUCCUUUUUCAUUGCAGGUUUUAGUCUUAAAGCAUUUUGAAACAGGUGCGUUUCCACAUAAUGAGCCCAAAGCUAAUGGUAUUGACUGAAAAAAAAAAGAGAAUGCAGCAAGCAUUCGAACAGCAGAAGCUUCUACAUUCAGAAUAUUUGCUUAAUAGGCUUCUUUAACAGUUCUGUCGCCACUGCGAAUUACAGAUCAAAGGUUUAAUCUAACAGUAGACUGAGGAGGCUAUAUCCAGUUUAGAACACCACAGUUACCACUUACCAAAUAUGAUCUUUCCCCAGACUUACCAAGCAUUAUAUGUCAAAACACAAAAGCACCACUCUCUGAUUAUGCAAGAUAAUCAUGAUGGCCAAUUGUACGAUUUUCUCAGGCAAGAUCAUCAUGAUUGCCAAUUUUAAGAUUUUCUCAGGCCUAUCCAAUAGAAU